ACAGUCUUAAUUUAGUCCUCAAGAUAGUCGGUCGUCCAUGUGUUGCCGUUUUCAAAAAUUUAAAGAUCAUCAAUUGACAGGUUUUGAUUUUUAAGAGAUAAUAAAUUCUGAAGUGAUUAAAAAAAGUUUCAAACUUCUUCGAGAUAUUUUUUUGGGAAUAUAAAUCAACUCAAUAUGAAUUCAAAAACCACACUCGUUUGCUUCUUCAUUAUUGCAUUUGUGGCUACUGAAGUCAUCUCCAAAGCUUUGGAAAGUGAUAGUUCGGAGAUAAACAUGAAAAUUCAACAACUCAAUGAACAUUUGUUAGUUGAACCAAAACCAAAAGAAGAGGAAAAAAGUAAAGACGAAAAGCCAAAAAAGCUAUCAAGAAGUUAUCCAAUUUAUUAUGUGAACACAAAGGUCAAUGGCAAAUUUGGAAAAAAUGUUCGCGCUUUCUCAUCAGACGAAUUCAUGGAGCUCUUCCCUCUAAAGUUGUGAUUUGUUUCAAUCGAAAUUUCGAUUUCGAUUCACAUGAUUCUUCCUUCGCAACUAGACAAUUAUAAACAGCCGCUAACCUUGAGAUGACAGUAAAUUUGUUUAUGAAUGAUUAUUUCUAAUGUGACGGCUGUCGUUUUCUAUUUGCUUGUUUAAAAAUCAAUUUUCUUUUGCUUUUUAAUGUUUACUUAAUAAAUAAGACUAUGAAAAAGGUA